CGGUGCCGCCCUUUCCCGCCCACAAAAUGGCGGCGGGCGGGCUUUUCCCGCUGCACAGGGCGGGCCGGUUCCUCCCGUUGCUCGGUACAGCCGAGCUCUGAGCUGACACAGCCCAGGGGAACGGGCAGGCCGGUGUGGUGGCCCGCAAUGGAACUGGGCCGGCUGGAGUACCUGCAGGCGCUCGUCACCGAGUUCCAGGUGACGGACAGCACAGAGGCCAAGGAACAGGUGCUGGCGAACCUGGCCAACUUCGCCUACGAUCCCAGUAACUACGAGUAUCUCCGGCAGCUGCAGGUGCUGGACCUGUUCCUCGAUAUGCUCACCGAGGACAACGAGAGCCUCGUGGAGUUUGCCAUGGGUGGUCUUUGCAACCUGUGCUUGGAUAAAACAAACAAAGAGUACAUCCUAGAGGCCAAUGGGGUGGAGCCCAUCAUCAACUGCCUGUCCAGUUCCAACGAGGAGACGGUGGUGUCGGCCGUCACCACACUGAUGUUCCUGACGACGCCGCAGUCACGCGCGCAGACCACGGCGCUGCCCGUGGUGGAGUGCAUGCUCCGCUUCUCCCUCUCAGCCAACACACGUCUCAGUAACCUGGCAUCCAUUUUCCUGCAGGAUUACUGCAGCCCUCUGCAGGUGGAGGAGGCCAGGAACCUCAGCAAGCACACAGCAGUGGGGAUUCCUCUGCCCAAGGACUGAGCAGGGUUGCAAAGAUGGGAACCUCCUGCUGCUCUCGCUUUCUGCUCAGCAGGUCAAGAGCAGCAUUAAAGAGGGAAGUUGGUCCCACCAGUGCUGCUAUUUAGUUAACAAACAGGAUGGAACAGCACUAACAUGGCAGCUGGGCCAAGCACACAGCUAAGCCUGCAAGCAAAUAUUUAAAAUAAAGCAGGUCAUGGCUGCACGUUGGAAUGCAUUUUGCCAAGUGCAGCUCAGUGCCCAGCUUGCACAAAUAACCCUUCCCAGCAAAGAGGUGUGUUCUGCUCAGGUUAUUGGGCAGAAUUAUGUCCACUCAGGUUCCUGGCUAGUUGUGCUGUACCUCUCCCAUUCAGUGUCCAUGACAAGUGAUGCUAAGGGUCAAGUCACUGAAAUAGCACAAAAAUUUAUUCCUCCUGUAGAGAAAGGAAUUUCCCUGCUCUAGCAGUUCACAAUCUCUCCAUCCUUGUGGCACUAGUUAUGCCAUCAUAACUGUUAUAUUUUAGCUAUGGCAUCAUAACAUGCCCUAAUCAUGGCACGUCUAGAGAAUCUCUGCGUAGGGCAGGCUGUAAGCUACUGUAUAAAUGAAGAAGUGGUAAGUUUGUCUUUCAUUACCACAGGUGAGAAAGGUGAAGUAAAAAAAAAAAAAAAAGGAGGGGGGGAGCUCAUGGCAGUCUGGCUCAUGAGAACAGCUGUCUUGUAAAAGCUUCUGUUAAUAAAACAUUAACUUAAA